AUGUCUGAAUCAUCUGAGUACGAGUACUACCAGAUCCAAGCCCGGUUUCCGGCCAAAGAUUCCAAUCCUGAUGAUGGCAUCAACCGCAAGGUCUUUGUCCGACAAGAUAUCGACGAAUGGAGCAGCAAGAAGUCGAACAAAAAGCAAGUGGAUAUUUUUAUCCUAGCUCUGGACAAUUUCCAGAAGCUGGACCCCAAAGAAAGACUGUCUUACUUUCAAGUGGCUGGUAUUCAUGGACAACCCUUUGUGCGAUGGGAUGAUCCUAGCCCAGAGCCCAUGAAAAGUGGCUACUGUUUCCAUUCUCAUGUGAUCUUUCCCGUUUGGCACCGACCAUAUGUGCUUCUUUUCGAGCAAGUAUUGUAUGACAUCAUGGUCAAGGAGGUUAUCCCUCAAUUCCCGGAAGCCCAUCAAGCUUCAUGGCGUCAACAAGCCGAGUCCUGGCGCCUUCCCUUCUGGGACUGGGCCCGAAAUGGCCGUGUCCCUGACUUGGCCAAAUACCCUACCAUCACUGUCCCAAGGCCCCAGGGCGGAUCGGUUCGAAUCAAUAAUCCACUGUUUCAAUUUCGCAUGCCUACAGACAAGCCGAUGCGAAGUGAGGGCGUCGGUACUGAAAACACAUGGGAAAACGACGCCGAACAGGAGGAGUAUAAGAACUUUGGCAAUGCAAUUGGAACUAGUCGUUGGCCUGAUGAAGAGGACCAGAAACCAACUAGCGAGGGCUGGCGGCACGGUGUAGUCAAUAACCGCAAAGUGGCAGAUGCUUUCAACGCUCACGAAGGAUACAAUGACAAGAAUCAUGGUCCUGCAGCUGAAAUGGUGUACCGUCUGCUUACCGUGCCCAUGGAUUACAUUACCUUUGCAAGCACAAAUCCAACCUCGAAAGAUCAAAAUGUGGAUGAAGACUUGAACAUUGAAUAUGUGAUAUGCGAUUCCCAACUGCUUCAAACACUAAUAACACUAUUUCAAAGCCAUGGCUGGACAGGUGCUGCAGGACACAUGGGAAAUGUACCUGUUGCCUCUUUUGAUCCGCUGUUCUUCUUGCACCACUGCAACACCGACCGUCUUUUCGCUAUCUGGCAAGCUCUCAACCCGGACAAGUGGAUGGAUAACAUUCCUGCCGACAAUGCUACCAUUCGUGAUUCAUUUGGCAAAGAGCACAUCGUGAAUGGGAACACGCCUCUUCAGCCAUUCAGGCAUGAUGCUGAAGGAAAUUAUUGGACUCCUGAAGGGGUCAGGUUUACCCCCAAUCUGGGUUAUUCUUAUCCAGAGCUGCCAAGAUGGGAGACUAAAUACCACCAGCAGGACGGAACACUCAACCAAGUUCUGUUCAAGGAAAACAUCACCACCACCAUCAACAGAUUAUAUGGUGUGUCGCGUGAUUUGGCGUUGGACCCUAAGGCUCCAACCCCAGAGGGCGUUGAGGAAAUUGACGGUGGGCUCAGAAUUCCCGACUUCGCUUUCAGUGUUCGGUUCUUGAAAUAUGCAUUGGGAGGGCGGCCUUUCUGGGUCAAAUUGUAUCUCGCCCAGGAGGACGGCAUACAAACCCCACUGACAGACUUGAUCGCGGAGGUGUAUAACUUUAGUCAAAAGCCCGAGUUGGAUGGUUCUUCAGUCUGCGAGAACUGCACCAAAGGACAGAAAUCCCGCGUCAAGUCAACCGCUUACAUCCCAAUUACCCCGGGUGGACGCAAACUGAAGUCAUUGACUCGCGACGAGGUUUUGGCGUAUAUACAAAAGCGCGCAUACUGGCGGAACGAGAAAGAAUUACCUCGCUACGAGGUGGAGAAGCUGGAGCUGGAAAUCAUUGGCAGCAGCAACGACACCAAGCAUUUCACUAACCCCGCUACUCCACCAGCCUUUGAAAACUUCAAGAAAGAGCCUACCAUUACUGGCGGUGCUGAUGGAGCGCUGGAUCCGGAGUUGAAGCAGCCAAAGAUUGACCCACCAACUCCUCGACCGAGACGACCAAGAGCAAAUCUCCCACUUCAUGGUAGUCUUCAAUUCCAGCAGACUCUCAAAGCAGACAGUGUCAUUCUCAUCGAGUCGUCGAGCGUGGAUCCUGUCAAACCCGACGAUGGCGUCGACAUGACCCAGAUUUCCAUCAUGGAUGCAAAGAACGAUAUCAUCUUCCAUAUCUCUAUUCGCCGAGCUCAGGGUAAGGUCAUUUUCAACUCUAAGCUCGGCGGAUCAUGGGGUGAGGAGGAACGGAUCGAUAUUUCCCGUCGAUUCGACAGUGAAGAUGGAGCGACAAUUUUGAUUCAUGACCAAGGGGGAGGCUUUGAAGUUUCUAUUGACUGGGUCCAUGCAAUUUGGUUUGCUAAACGUGCUCAGGACACAACACCACAGUCAAUCCAGUAUGAUCUUUGGAACAAGGAGGGAACUUCCGCUUUAUCAGAGGAUCUCGAAGUGCGCACAUAUCCUUCGAUGAAAGCUUUGUUCCUCCAAAAGCAUGCUCAUGAGGAGGAGAAGUAG